CGAAACUUAAGCCUCACUUAAAAGCGGUCUGCGUUACCAGUUCUCAGACUACAGCAUUUCAGCAACUACACAAGGAGCAGUCGGUCUAACUGCAAUAUAAAAGGAAACUGCAUGCUACGCCGUGCCAUUUCACAUGUUUGGUAGAGGAGGCCAACGUGGGGUCAGGCCGACCCAACACCAGGGCCAUGGCAGACCUUCAAGCCGAGGAUCGCACGGGAAAGAGAAACACCAGGGCACCUGUGCCCCUAGUGGCCAUUUUCAGAACAGGCAAAGAGGUGGCAGGUCGCAGUCCCGUGGCAGAGAGGUAGAGGCAGGCGGGAGCUCGCUAUGGAGACGGGAACACAGCACAGGAAUGGCUGUGUUUCAGCACGGCCCACCUCGUGUCUCAGAAGAUUUAAGAGGCCCUUAUAAUCUACCAGGAGGUCCUGUGCAUAGCCAGGAGAGAGGAAGGCCCUUAAGGGCAGGGGAUCAGUUUUCCUACAACGACGGCAGGAGGGGUAACCGCAACAAGUCUCUGGGCCGGCUUGAGAACUUUCCUUUCCAGCCCAUGAGAAAUCCUUCUGGAGCCCCUGCAAUAAGUGUACCCAGGACCCCAGGAAAUCGCAGACCACCAAAUGCUACCAAUAACCGCAAUGCUACAAAGAAUGAGGACAGCUCACACAGGGGCCAGCUUGGUCCAUCAAACAGAACAUUAAGCCAGCCCAACCUGUUUGAACUUAGUCAUCGCUUACAGAGCCGUGAACAUAGGCCCAGGAGGGGUGAGACGCCCCAGGACCCUGAUCACAAGCCCACCCAUAGGUUAGACUUCCGCUCCCUGGAAAAGAUCCUGCAGAUGGAGCCCUCAGAGGUAGUGAUGAAGCUGGCUGCUCCAGGGAGCGGCCUGAAGGAGUUUCUGGACAAGAAGGACACCACAGACAACCUGACCCAUAUUACCCUGGAUGUCCUCAGUAAGGCCUGCAGCAGCCGGACCAACAGGCAUAACUUGCAGCACCUCCUCUCUGAGGUUAAGGACUCCCAAUUCCUGAAGGGCACCAUCCCCAUGUUUGUAAUGACUCUAGGAGCAACAAUUGGCACAAAUGACCAGGACAGCAGGGAUCAGAAUAUAGCAAGAUUCAAGCAGAUUAUUGACCUGCACAUCACAGUGUUGAGCAUGUUCCCCUCCAGUACUGUCAUUGAUGUGUCCCUGGCUGUGGUCCUCCUGGAAAAGGAGCUCACCCAUCUUAAGAAAGUGGGUGUCACCAUUGAGGAGGAUGUCUACGAGAACCUGGAGAAGCUGCAGAACAUGGCGAACCACCUGCAGGAGAAGAAGCGAGAUGGAACUCUACGUUCAGACACCUACUCUUUUCUGCUGGGCAGACAAGAGGAGAGUGUGGGUGAUUUCAGGCUCAUGUCCGUCUUCCCCACAUAUGAGGAUGUGCAUACCACCGAGCUGCCGUUCCUGAGGCCCAACAUCGUGGGUGAGAAGUUCAAAGAUGGCGAGACCUACCUGGACACACAUUUCCGCCUGCUCCGGGAGGACUUCAUCAAACCCCUGAGGGAUGGGAUCUCCCAACUCCUCCACUUCAAGGGGAAGGACCUUCGGCAGGGACGUUUCGAUGACAUUCGCAUCUACUUCAAUGCACACGUCCUGGCCCCAGUUUGUACGCCAAAGGGAAUCCUGUACCAGUUUGAAUUUGACAUCAAGAACUUUAAAUCAAUCAACUGGGAGAGCUCCAAGAGGCUGCUGUUUGGUGCGCUGGUGUGCUUGUCCAUGGACAACUUCCAGACAAUUAUUUUUGCCACCGUGGCCAACCGGGAUGUGAAAGACCUCCAGAAGGGUGUCACAACUCUCUUCUUCACUGAAGAAAACAGGAUGAAGCUGGCAGACGUGUCUCCGAGUGAUGUGUUCCUCAUGGUGGAGAGCAUGGCCUUUUUUGAAGCUUACCACCAUGUCCUGGAGGGUCUGCAGGAGAUGUCCGCAGAGGACCUUCCCAUGCAGAGGUACAUAGUCAGCUGUGAGGAAGACAUCUCUCCCCCUAGGUACCUUUCUGCCCAUGGGGGCAGUUACAGCCUCCAGACGCUGAUGAAUGAUCAGCGCCUGCGAAAUCAGCCAUCAGACCAAAGAAAGCGGAUGUGUCCCCAGUCAGCCAUCACUGUGGAUUCUGAAGACACCCAGAGAAAACAAACUGUGAGGAACAUCCUGAAUUACAGUGACUGGCCCAGUAAAGAACAGCUUGGACUGGACGACUCGCAGAUGAAGGCAGUGCAGCUAGCCCUUAGCAAGGAGCUUGCCAUCAUCCAAGGCCCACCAGGAACAGGAAAGACUUUUGUUGGUCUGAAAAUUGUCAAGGCUCUUCUGGACAAUGCUGACAUGUGGCGUUCAACAGCAGGCUCUCCUAUCCUGGUUGUCUGUUAUACAAACCAUGCACUGGAUCAGUUCCUGGAAGGCAUUCUCAAGUUCAUGAGUAAAUCCUCAGUGUUGGUGCGAGUUGGAGGGAGAAGCACAAAUGCGGCCUUAAAGGAGCUAUCUCUGAGUAACCUGAGGAACCAAAGAAUGUUUAGGCAGAACCUGCCAGGUUAUCUGAGAGCCAUGUUUGCUGAGCUCAAGGAAGACAGAGAGAUUUUGGAGGACAAAAUUGAAAACUUGGCAGCCAUGUUUGAAAGCUCAGCUAAGGGAGUUCUACGCGAGAGUGUGCUGGAAGAAUACAUACUCUCUCUCCACGGUGUGACGCUUGGACGACAGCUUGGCAGUGGAGGACGGCCUUGCAUAAAAAAGGCCCAGUCCCUGAUGAUGGAUUGGCUGGGAAUUUCCAUGUUGACUCACAGCUCCAGGAAAAUGGGUCGGGAUGAACAGGUCAGCCGGGAGGAGGCCAGCUGGACAAACUCAGCGGAUGACCUUGCAAGAGUGACUGAAGUUCUCUCAGUGCUUGAGCCUUUGGACAAAGAAGACUCCGCAAGCGAUGUAACCGAGGGAGAUGGAGACGUGGCCGACCUGCUCCAAGUGACAGAAGAGGCGGAGCAGAUGCAGGCUGAGAGAAUUAUGGAGGGGGACGACAUGCAGAAGCACAUCCACAGCGCCCUCAAGAGGAGGGAGGCCAGAGAGAGGGAGGACCUCGCCUUUGUGUCAAAGGACAAUGAUGAGCCAGAGGAGGAGGAAGGGGAACAGGAUGGUGAUGAGGGGUGGGAGAUAACUCGAGAAAUGAAGAAGAAGCUGAAGAAUGUGGUAAAGCAGGAACUUAAGAAAACGGACCACAUGCUAGAGGAGGAUGCAGAGCAGAUCACAGAUCUCUGGGCCCUGCCCUAUAAGCAGCGGUGGCAUCUCUACAGACUCUGGCUGUCGAAGUACCACAGAAACAUAAGGACCAGGAUUCUUAUUCAUGAGAAUGAGUACCAGAGCAUUGUGCACCGUUUGGAUGAGCUGAGGCGACAGGAGGACGAAACUGUUCUCAGGAGUGCCAGCGUCAUCGGAAUGACAACCACAUGUGCAGCUCGUUGCAGACGGGUUCUGCAGGACAUCCAGCCCAGGAUAGUUGUGGUGGAGGAGGCAGCUGAGGUUCUGGAAGCCCACAUCAUCGCCAUGCUCACCGCUGCCUGCCAGCACCUCAUACUGAUCGGAGACCACCAGCAGCUCCGCCCCAGCACUGCAGUUUAUGAGCUCGCUAGGAACUUUAACUUGGAAGUGUCCUUGUUUGAGCGACUCAUCCGUAUGGACGUCCCAUAUGUCAGACUGGACUACCAGCACCGAAUGCGUCCUGAGAUUGCACAGCUGUUGACACCACACAUCUACGACAAACUGGAAAACCACUCCUCUGUUCAUCUGUAUGAAGAUAUUAAGGGAGCAACAACAAACAUCUUCUUUGUGGAUCAUGAGCAUUUGGAAGAAAACAUCCAGGAAGGUCGUAGCCAUCAGAACAUGCAUGAGGCCACCUUUGUGAAAGCUCUCUGCCACUACCUGAUGUGCCAGGGCUAUAAGCCCUCCCAGAUCACCAUCCUCACCACGUACAAUGGCCAGCUGUUCUGCCUGAAGAAGAUCAUGCCCAAGAGCACAUUUCAGGGUGUCAAUCUCUGUGUGGUAGACCGCUACCAGGGUGAGGAAAAUGACAUUGUGAUACUCUCCUUAGUCAGGAGCAACAAGGAGGGGAGGGUGGGCUUCCUGAAAAUCCCCAACCGUGUGUGCGUGGCUCUGUCAAGAGCCAAGAAGGCCUUGUACUGUAUUGGUAACAUGACCAUGCUCUCCUCAGUCCCUCUGUGGAGCAAAAUCAUGGCUGUGCUGAGCCGCAACCAGCAGAUUGGCAAGGCUCUGAUGCUGCGGUGUGAGAACCAUCCUGCCACCAUCACAGAGGUGUCCAAGCAGGAGGACUUCCUCAAGGUGCCACUUGGUGGCUGUGGUGUGCCCUGUGAGUACCGGCUGGACUGUGGCCAUGUCUGCACCAGGCUAUGCCACCCAACCGACUCAGACCACAAACUGUUCAAAUGCACAAAGCCCUGCUCCAAGACCCUGUGCCAGGACGGGCACAAGUGCCCCAAGAAGUGCUCUGAAGAGUGUGGCGAGUGCCAGGUGAUCGUCACCAGGACGAUGCCCAAAUGUGGCCACGAGCAGGAGGUUCCCUGCUCACAUUCUCUCGACAGUUUCAUUUGCCGGGUCCCCUGUAACAAGAUGCUGCAGUGUGGUCACCUAUGUAUCCGUGGUUGUGGGGAGUCCUGCACCCGCAACUGUCCCCAAAGAGUGACGGUCCCUCUGGACUGUGGCCACCAGAGAGUCAUGCAGUGUCACGUGAAGCAAGCGGUUGAUAAUAAUCAGGAGCAGGUUAAGUGCUGGAAGAAAUGCGAUGCAGAGCUUGAGUGUGGACACAUCUGCUUGGGCAGCUGUUUUAAGUGUGCAGGGGGCAGCAAGCAUCUUCCAUGCGCCUCUCCUUGCAACACUCAGAUGAUCUGCUUCCACCGGUGCCAGCAGAAAUGCCAGCAGGGAUGCAUGCCGUGCAGUAAGCCAUGUCAAACCCAAUGCUACCACCGAAAAUGCCCAAAGCUGUGCUCAGAGGCCUGUCCACCAUGCACUGACCCCUGUGGCUGGCGUUGCAAGCACCACGAAUGCACUCGCCUGUGCCACGAGCCAUGUGACAGACCACCAUGCAAUGUUGCCUGCUACAGAAAGCUGAAAUGUGGACAUUCCUGCAUUGGUAUGUGCGGGGAGCCCUGCCCAAAGAAGUGUCGUGUCUGCAAUGCUGAUGAGGUUCUCGAGCUGUUCUUUGGCAGCGAAGCCGACCCCAAGGCCCGCUUCGUGCAGCUGGCUGACUGCAACCACAUCUUUGAGGUGACGGGGUUCGACUCCUGGAUGGCAUCACCAGAGGAAAAUGGGGCCAUCAGAGCAAAGUCCUGUCCCAAGUGCCAGACCCCCAUCCGAAGGAGUGUGCGCUACAAUGCUAUCGUUAAAAGUGCACAGCUGGACAUGGAGGCAAUGAAGAAGAAAGCCGCAGUGAUGUUGGUGGAGCAGAUUCAAAGUACCGUGAAGGAGAAAGAGAAGAAGGGGAUAAAAUCUCCAGAAAUCCUGCCUCUGCUUUCUAAAUUAACAGGCGCUGAUUUGGGAAGAGUGGCGUUAAUCAGUGAGCAGAUUACACUCCUCUCACAGCUGGCAGAAAUAAAGCAUAAUGCAAGCCUGAGCGUGCCAACGCUCCAUUUGCUGCCCAUAAAUGUGUCUGUGCACCUUUGCAUUAAAAAGGUUGCCAUGGCAGAAUCCUCACAGGUGUCUGAGUUUCAGACAGAAGUGAAACGGAUCUUGUGUCUGGCUGAAGCACAUGCAUUAGCAGGCUUCUACACAAAAGCACAAAGUCCGGUAUUGUCCAUCCAGGGACUCACUCCUGAGCAUGCAGAACUGAAGAGAGUGAUUGAUAUGUUGAUGGACAACAAACCCCAGCUGAGCAAUCGUGACUUGCAAAAUAUGCAAGACGCUCUCAAUGGCAUUGCAAAGGAGAUUAACCCAUCCACAAGAUGGAAGAUGCUGGAAGACAAAAAUGGUGUCUCAACUGUCCUCAAUUGCACAUUUCUGAAACUUGCCCAUUGGUUCAAAUGUAGCAGAGGACACGUAUACUACAGAGAAAGUGCUGACACCAGUGGCCAGAGUGAAUUGUGCCCUGAGUGUCUGGAAGAGUGAGCGAGUUCAUUGCAUUGCAUUCUAAUUAUGCAUGCUACAUGGUCAAAUUAUAUAAAUGUAUUGAUAUGAACAUCUAUCAACAUUUUAAUUAAAUUUCCUCCGGGUACUCCGGUUUCCUCCCACAGUCCAAAGACAUGCAGGUUAGGCUGAUUGGAGAGUCUAAAUUGCCCAUAGGUAUGAAUGUGUGAGUGAAUGGUGUGUGUGCCCUGCGAUGGACUGGUGACCUGGGUGUAUUCCUGCCUUUCACCCAAUGUAUGCUGGGAUAGGCUCCAGCCCCCCUGCGACCCUGUUCAGGAUAAGCGGGUUCAGAUAAUUGAUGGAUGGAUGGAUGUCCUUUUCAUAAUAAUGUGAUUGUAUUUUAUUUAAUAAUAAUGUUGUACUUCUGAAUUCAUUUUUAUUUCAUUAUGACCCUUAAAUAAAUAAUUGCACUUUCUGUUGCCCGCUGCUGGUUAAAACUAGCUUCCUAGCUUCUGUCAGCAUUCCAGGAGAAUGCUCACUUCAUUCCUGCUAGUGUGAAGUGAGCAUUGUAGAGCCUAUUCUGUAAUUCUUUUCAAACUUGCGUUAUUGCCCAAUACAUUAUUCAUUGUUACAAUAUUUCCAAUAUGUAAACCAUAUUCAUAUAAUGUAUAAGACAAUAAAAUAAAAACAAUACAAAUGUUGUAAAAA